AUGUCUGUCGUCGACAUCAAGUCCAAGGCCCAGUUCGACGAACUGAUCAACAAGACCCCCUACGUCGCCCUCCAGGCCCACGCAACCUGGUGCGGCCCCUGCAAGGCCAUCUCCCCCUUCUUCAACAAGCUCGCCACCGAGAACUCGAGCGACACCUUCACCUUCGCCCGCUUCGACACCGACGAGGUCCCCGACCUCUCCUUCGAGCUCGGCAUCCGCUCCAUCCCCGCCUUCUUCUCCUUCGAGAACGCCGAGAAGGGCCAGGGGGUAGCGGGGGCCAAGCCCCCCGCCCUCAAGCAGCUCGUCGAGGAGCUCGCCGGCAAGUCCAAGGCUGAAGGUGGUGAGUCUGCCGCUCCCGCUGCUGCUGCUGCUCCCGCCGAGCCCGCCACCGCACCCGCCCCCGUUGAGGAGAAGAAGCCCGAGGAGUUCUCCACCAAGGAGGACUUCUAA